AUGUUUAUUCUUCAUGGUCGAUAUUUUGUUCAUCGUCAUAUUCAUCUCUUUAAACAUUGUUACUCAACUUCAACUAUUAAACCAUUAAAUGUUGCAUUUUUUGGUUCUGACCUUUUUUCUAUGCAUAUUCUUGAACAUCUCUAUCAACUAUUUCUUAAUGAUAAAUCACGAAUAAAAUGUUUAGAAGUAGUAACAACUGUAUCAACUCUAAAUACUGUUAUGCAAGGUGCCGAAAAACUUCAAUUAACAACUCAUGUUUGGCCAGAUAUUGAUUCCUUAAUAUCCAAAUCACCUGUUCAAUUUGAUGUAGGAAUUCUUGCAUCAUUUGGUCAAUUAUUACCUAAACGAUUGAUCGAAUCUUUUCCUUUAGGUAUAAUCAAUGUUCAUCCAAGUUUAUUACCUCGAUGGCGUGGUAGUUCUCCACUUAUCUAUACAAUUGCUAGUGGAGAUAAAACUAGUGGUGUUUCAAUUAUGGAUAUACGACCCAAACAUUUUGAUAUUGGACCUGUAUUAAUGCAACAAUCAUUUCCAUUAUCAACGAAUAUGACUAUGUUUGAAUUAUUAAAAAUAUCUGCCGAUGUUGGAUGUUCAUUAUUAGAUAAAGUUUUGGAAGAUCCAAUUAAAUCACGAGAAAAUGCUCAGGAACAAGCAUUAUCAGGGAUUACAUAUGCUCAUAAAAUAAAUAAAUAUGGAUAUUAUAUCGAUUGGCAUAAUCAUACCACUGAAGAUAUUGAUCGAUUGUAUCGAGCUCUUAAUCAAAUUGCAAAUCUACGAACUAUUUUUCGUCAAAAACCUGUUCGUUUAAAACUACUAACAUUAAUUAAUGAUCAAAGUAUUCUUAAUGAUCUAAAUACUAUAUCAUCACAACCAGGAACAGCAAUUUAUAAUAAAUCUCUUGAAUGUAUAUGCAUUCGAUGCAAGGAUGGUUGGAUUGGAUUUAAAAAGUUAGCUUAUUUAAAAUCAAUGUAUGCACGUGAUUUUCAAAAUGGAUAUAUCAGUAAAAUGGAUCGAUUUGUAUUCGAUUCGAUACAUAAUUCAUUAUUUGAUUAUAUUUAUGAACGGCGUGUGCCUAAAUAA